UCGAAGAUGAACUGGGGGACCUUUUAUGCCGUGAUCAGCGGCGUAAACAGGCACUCCACUGGCAUCGGACGCGUCUGGCUCUCGGUCAUCUUCAUCUUCCGUAUCCUGGUGCUGGUGGUUGCUGCUGAAAGCGUUUGGGGGGAUGAAAAGUCCGGCUUCACCUGCAACACCCAGCAGCCCGGUUGCAACAGCGUCUGCUAUGACCAGUUCUUCCCCGUCUCGCACAUCCGGCUGUGGGCUCUCCAGGUCAUCCUGGUAUCCACCCCCGCGCUGCUGGUGGCCAUGCACGUGGCCCACCGGCGGCACAUGGACAAGAAGGUCUUGAAGAGGACGGGCCGCAGCAGCCCCAAGGAUCUGGAGCACAUCAAGAACCAGAAGUUUCAGAUCACAGGAGCUCUGUGGUGGACGUACAUGAUCAGCAUCAUCUUCAGAAUCGUCUUGGAAGUGGCUUUUCUCUACAUCUUCUACUUGAUCUACCCUGACUUUAAGAUGGUCCGUUUGGUCAAAUGUGACUCGUACCCUUGCCCAAACACAGUGGACUGUUUCGUCUCCAGACCGACAGAAAAGACCAUCUUUACCGUCUUCAUGCUGGCCGUAUCUGGGGUGUGUGUGCUGCUCAACGUGGCCGAGGUGGCAUACCUCGUAGGCAAGGCAUGCAAACGGUGCGCAGGCCGCUCUGAAGAGGAGUCGAAAGCAGCCUGGAUAAGUCAGAGGUUGUCGUCUUACAGGCAAAACGAAAUCAAUCAGCUGAUAGCAGAUCAUUCUCUCAAGUCCAAGUUUGCUGUGAGCAAAAAAAGCCCAACGGAGAAAGUCGAGAGUUGUUCGGCUUUCUGA